GGGAUUGGCUUUCUACUCGGAGCUCUUGUUAAAAGGGGUGGGAUUAUCAACUCGGCGGGCAUUAAGCUAGCUAAAUGGCAGACCAUUUAUCCACCAGUGCCAGCAGGAUGCCUUGAGCUUCACCACUUUUCAACCGCGUCUGCCCAGUCGCGAGGCCAAGGACAGACUACCUCAUUUCCAAGAGAUGCCUUCCCAACUGAAUGGCGCCAGCCGCCAUGGCGAAGACGACGAAGUAUGCCCCGUCUGCAAGUCCUCACGUUAUCUCAACCCGGACAUGCUGUUUCUCAUCAAUCCGGAAUGCUACCAUAAGAUGUGCGAGUCAUGCGUGGAUCGAAUAUUCUCCGCCGGCCCUGCACCGUGUCCCGUAGCGGGAUGCCAUAAGACCCUUCGCAAAAAUCGGUUUCGAAAGCAGACAUUUGAAGAUAUAGGUGUCGAGCGGGAGGUUGAUAUAAGAAAGGGGGUGAUGGGAAUCUUAAACCGCCGCGAGGAGGAAUUCGAUAGUAAACGCGCCUGGGAUGACUUCCUCGAGCAGCGUGAGGAGAUCAUAGCCAACCUCGUCUACGGUACAGACGUCGCAAAGACAGAAGCCCAACUUGCUGAAUACGCUGCCCAAAAUGCCGCUUCAAUCCGUCACAACAAGACUCUCGAAUCUCAAGAAUCCGCUUUCCUCCUUCAACAGCAAACCCUCGAGCAAGAAGCUUUUCGACAACGCCGUCAAGCCGCAAGGCAGGACUACGAUGAAGCACGACGAGCCAAACUUGCAGGACGACAAGAGAUCAUCACACGCCUCGCCACUGGCACCCACGAGGACGCAGAGGCAAUCGCGCGCGAAGCCAAACACGGAGGCUUAUUGAAGAAAUCAUCCGCUAGACGUAGCGAAGAAGAGCGCAUCAAGCGCAAACAGGCUGCCCUGCUGGCGGAAUCUAGAAAGGCCGGUGCUCAAGCUCUACCUGCAGGAGACACUGGUGCCACCCCGGCCGCGGGUCCGUGCUUGAUCAAAGGCCUCAGAAAAAUCAAGACUCCAGAACCUGAGAAGCCAUACGAUCCUUUCGCUGGUGGAUUAUCUCUUACUAAUCACGACUACUACACACUAAAAGAUCACUAUCCAUCUCCGUACCUUGACCCGAUAAGGGAUGAUGUUCGGAUGCUUGCCGGAGGAUAUGACCUCAAAGAAUAUUACGCCAGAACCCUUCUUGAAGCAUUUGCAGGUUUGGGGUGCUUUAUUGAGGAGGAAAUCUUAGCAAAAGAUCCGCCAUCUGCGCCAAUCGGGCCCUCGUCGCUCUCGUCCGAAAGUCAUUCAGCUUUGGCAACUGGUAAAGCUGCAGAGGAGGGCGUUCAUCGGCCUACAAUAUCCAGCGACGACGUUUUUUAAUCUUGGGUUUGCAUCAUUCUAUAUAUUAUGGUUAUAAGUCGGUGUUGUUUUAUGGUUAUUGCGCGGCGUUAUUAUUCUCCAGUGACGAAAUUUCAGCAUGCAGGCGCAGUUUUGGAACCAUAGAUGGGUUUGAUGCACCACCGAGUUUUCGCGUGUCCCAGAUGAAGGUAAAAGAAUUUAUAUUGAAAGUAUUCCGCAAGGAGAAAAAAGAUAGCCAAACAAAAUCGAACGAAUCCACUUGACCAGCGACCUGACGCGAUCCCAAAGCGUCUCGAAGAGUCAAAUACAGGUUGUAUCACCAAUCACAAAUAAAAGCCCAACAAAAAGCCAAGCGUAAUAUAAUUAUUCCCAUACAGCGAUAAAGGGGUUAAAGGGGUAGCCGAAGCCAAUGGCCUCAAAGGUGAACCCAAAAGCUUGAAGAAAUGGUACCGCAAUGAUAAAGUAAACACCCAGCGCAGCAACCCUGUCUUCAUCCAUUUGAAUGCGGUGAACCAAUGUAACGUACCCGACUCGACCAAUUCUGGGACACAAUGCAGGUAACAUGCCAGUCAAAAACCAGGACGGGAAUCAAGGGCAGGAGACUACAGAUCACAGGAUUUCUGGAUCAAGGGGUUGAAGAAUCCUCCAUAGCCGUUGAUUAAAUGCAAGGGCCGAGGAUAGAGUGUAAACCCAAUGGUAAUGUAAUGCCCUGAACUAUCAAUCCUGAUAUGCAAAAACGAUAUGCAAGGCAUAGUGUAUGCGUGCAUUUCUUCGAUCAAUAUCCACUCGGCUUUUUAGCCGAGAAAGCUUUCGAGGUUGAUUCUAUAGUGUCAUCAAACCCUUCCCAAGGCAAUUCCUCGUCAUCGCUAUCGCUCAGCUUAGCCUCAUGAGCUGUAUUAUGCUUUCCUUCCUGGAAAUCUUGGCCCAGUCGCUCAGUGAGGUUUGGUUGCCGGCUGACUGGGGCUGCAAUUCCGAGUGAAUGCAGCGUGACCUCAACCUCUUCCUCAGUCAUUUCCUCGCCAUGUUUCUUUUGUCCUUCCAGAACAUCAUAGAGAGAAUAUAUUUGAUCCGAUUUUUUCUCAAUUUCAGUCAUGAGGAUUGCAAUUUUUGGACACAUGGCUUUCCGCUGCCGUUUAUUAAGUGAUGGAUCGUGCUUGGCGUAGGUGGUUUGAAAUACUGUCAGUUGCAUUUUCAAAUGCGCUAGUUCGUCCUCAAGGGCUUUGAGAACAGAGGCUAAGGCUAUGGACGGUUUCUGGGAUGGACGCAGCGUCGGUUCAUUACCACAGGCAGACGGUCCAGGUCGACGUUGCGAGACUGGGAUUGGCCGAGGGACUUUGAUUGGUGGAAGGUUCACACUUUCUUGUGCAGGAUUGUGCUUUUGAGAUUCAUGGCAAACGAAACAGUUUUCUUUUUCGUGGCUGGCGACUUCAUCAAGAACACGUUGCGCAGCUGCAGAAAC